GGUAAAUAGUCCGCCAGACGCGCGCCACCCCCACCCUCCCUGUGGCCGGGGUGCGGACAGCGCGUGGGGAGGGGGCAGGCGGCAGCCAUUGGCCGCGUGUGUGAGUACAUGUUACUAUGGCGAUGACUGCAGGGAAUACAACAUCCUUUCCCAUGAGCAACCACACCCGGGAGAGAGUAACUGUGGCUAAACUCACACUGGAGAACUUCUACAGCAACCUAAUUUUACAGCAUGAAGAGAGAGAAACAAGGCAGAAAAAGCUAGAAGUGGCCAUGGAAGAAGAAGGCCUGGCGGAUGAGGAGAAAAAACUACGCAGGUCCCAGCAUGCUCGCAAAGAAACAGAAUUUCUGCGACUAAAGAGGACUAGGCUUGGUUUGGAUGACUUUGAAUCUCUGAAAGUUAUAGGAAGGGGAGCAUUUGGGGAGGUACGCCUUGUCCAGAAGAAAGACACGGGCCAUAUUUAUGCAAUGAAGAUACUGAGAAAAGCUGAUAUGCUUGAAAAAGAGCAGGUGGCCCAUAUCCGAGCAGAAAGAGAUAUAUUGGUUGAAGCGGAUGGUGCCUGGGUGGUGAAGAUGUUUUACAGCUUUCAAGACAAAAGGAAUCUUUAUCUUAUCAUGGAGUUCCUACCUGGAGGUGAUAUGAUGACCUUACUGAUGAAGAAAGACACUUUGUCAGAGGAGGAGACACAGUUUUACAUUUCUGAGACAGUACUGGCCAUAGAUGCCAUUCAUCAGCUCGGUUUCAUCCAUAGGGAUAUUAAACCAGAUAACCUUUUGCUGGAUGCCAAGGGUCAUGUAAAACUGUCUGAUUUUGGACUAUGCACAGGUUUAAAGAAAGCUCACAGAACUGAGUUCUACAGGAACCUUACACACAAUCCACCAAGUGACUUCUCAUUUCAGAAUAUGAACUCAAAGAGAAAAGCAGAAACCUGGAAGAAGAACAGGAGACAGCUGGCCUACUCUACUGUGGGAACUCCAGAUUAUAUUGCUCCAGAAGUAUUUAUGCAGACUGGGUACAAUAAACUAUGUGACUGGUGGUCUUUGGGAGUGAUUAUGUAUGAAAUGCUUAUAGGGUAUCCACCUUUCUGCUCAGAAACACCACAGGAAACUUAUCGGAAAGUUAUGAACUGGAAAGAAACUUUGGUAUUUCCUCCAGAGGUGCCUAUUUCCGAGAAAGCUAAAGAUUUAAUUCUAAGAUUUUGCACUGACUCAGAAAAUAGAAUUGGCAGCAAUGGAGUAGAAGAAAUAAAAAGUCACCCAUUUUUUGAAGGAGUUGACUGGGGCCAUAUCAGGGAAAGACCAGCUGCAAUUCCUAUAGAAAUUAGAAGCAUUGAUGACACUUCCAACUUUGAUGAAUUUCCUGAAUCUGAUAUUUUACAGCCAGUGCCAAACACCACAGAAUCUGACUACAAAUCCAAAGACUGGGUUUUCCUCAAUUAUACAUACAAGAGGUUUGAAGGGCUGACACAGCGUGGCUCUAUCCCUUCCUACAUGAAAGCUGGAAAGUUGUGAAAUAAAACAAACCAACCCACAAAAACUCAGGUAGCUGCAUCACCAGACCUGCUUGGCGUAGAUAUCAAUACACUGACUCUGGUGCGCAUUGACUUCACAAAGAAAUUCUACAGGAUUAGGAUUUCUAAAACUACUACAGGAAUUAGUUGGCAGUGCCAGCUGGCUUUUUUUUUUUUUAAUAUUUGAGUAUUUUUGUUAACUUUAUUAUACAAAGGUACUGGAAUAAAAGGAACAUAUUUCCCUUUGUAACUGCACUGCCUGUGUGUGUAUAAAGGUUAACUAGGCCUCUGUGUACUGUGGCUUUGUUUGCACUGUAAGCCAUCUAAUCCAUCCAGGAGAGAAGGUAUCAUUUUAUGCAGCAGCAUUGUUUUACUGCUAAUUUGGUGGAUUUUAGACAUACAGUAUAAGAAACAUCAACUGUGUUUGUAAAAUCCUUCUGAGUGGUUGUUCGCAUGUUUUCUUACGUGCAUGCAGUGUUGGAUUCUUUUAAAUUGCAGUGUCUAUUGGGACCAAGUCUGCCUUCCCUCACCAUUCCCAUGACACCAAAACAGAACCUGAAGGGCACAUCCCCAUGAGUAUGCACAUGUGGUUUGCAGCACUGCAAACUGCACAUGCCACUUGUUUUUUGACACUGGGAGAUCCUGAUGUCAAACCAUAGCAGAAAAAAGCAGAGUAGCGUAUAUGACUGCAGAGUGCACUGCCUGAAACUGGAGCCUAGCUGGCCAGAGCUGUGUUCAGGCUGCUGGCUAGGCUCCGUGUGCCUGGAUUGCCACUGCAGGCCCGGGAGGGCACCAGGAUCCCAGAUAAGGCGCUGGGGCUAGCCCAGGUGCUGGCCCCAGCCUCCCCUACCCCACCUGAGGCAAUCUGCUACACACCAGAGCAUACAUGCAGGGGUGUGCCCAGGGACAACUAGCAGCAGCACAAAUAUAUGCUGCUUCUAUUUGUCCCCAGGGAAAUGCAUGUUCCCACUCAUGGCGAUGCACCCCAAUUGUCUCUUUCUCUACAAUUUCCAACUGUAGUUGCUAGUGUAUUUAUUUAGGAUAAUGUAGCUUUUAUGUCUGUUGGCAAGUAAAAGAGUGGGGUUCCAGAGAGAGAGAGAAAAGUUGAGGCAAAUUGUUCCUAGCCCCAGAGCUUGUAUGUGAUGGUGGAAUCCAAGUCUUUUUACUUUAACUUCUUUUCUUGUUAUUAGUAAUGGAGUUCUCAAAUAGACUCAUUUGCCUCUGCAAAGCACACAUUUCAGAUAAGUGCUCAAUAUAUAUUGCACUUAAAAAGGUGCAAAAGCCACAGAAAUCCCACUUUAAAUAUUUACUUUAAAUAUAUGCUUCAUUAUGACCUCUGAACUUUAGCAGAUGUCUUUCCUCAUCAGAUAAUUCUCUUGCAAGUGCUCUAGUAAGCUCUUCGUCUUCCCUGAGUGUCAGGCCUCACCAUUUUUCUGGAAAGUCAUUUUUGACAGCUAAGUUAAAACAGCAGCUAAGAUCUUCCCCACCUUUCAGAGGAAGGAGGAGCAAAGAACACUAUUCUCAAGAUGAUCAUAGAGAGGUCUUCUUUUUCAAGGGCCUGGUAAAAUAUAGCAGAAGUCCCACCAUUUAUCUGUUCCAGUUUAUGCUUCCCAGCUGGGAAUUUCUUCAAGUCACAGCUUGGGGUUCACCUGAUGCUUCUGCAUUAGCUGGUCAAUGUCAGCUCUUAUGUCUGAGGAGCUCACCUAAUACCUCUGCUAUUGCCAGCAUGUUGGCAUGGAAGCACUUGGCUCCAUCGUAAGAAGUACCCACUGCUUUAUGCAGUUGAAUCCUCUAGUGCUGUCUGUUUUGGUACCAAGGAGGUUUGGUACCAAGCUCAGGGUUUUUGUAUUGGUAACUGAAUAACAGGAGUUGCCAUUGCUCUCUUCAGGUAUCAGUGGAGGACUUUCCAGAGCUUUCAGAACACUUGGAAGAGUAACUUUUGGUUUUGUUUUCAGGUAGCCUGGAACCAGAUAACCUUGAACUGUAGCCAGUCAUGGAGAGUUUAACACAAAAAGGUUUUUUUUGUCCGUUUAUUUAUGGUCUGUCCUUAUCUUAUUGUCUUCCAUGUCCUUUUUCAGAAACCUCUCUCAAGAGGUAUUGCUAAGAAAAGAGGUAGGCUUCCUUCUGCAAUUUGGAGCAGUGGAUGAAAUACCCAAUGUGUUCCUAGGGAAAGCAUGCUUUUUUCUAAUGUAGUGUUAAUCCCAAGUAAGAGAGGAGGUUGGAGUCGCACUCUGGACCUUUGAUGUCUAUAAAUUCAUCUGUCACUUCACAUUCAGGUUUAUGACCUGUCUUUUAUACUCUUCACUUUAUAUUUUGAAGAUUGAUUCAAUGCUGCCUUCCCACAUGAUACUUAUUUUGGCGUACGAAUUCAACUGGUCCACAGGAGACUUUCCAGGUAGGAGAAUCCUGUUGUCAAAACAGAGUGCUUCACGUUGGUCUCAAAGUGCAUAGCAAUCAUGGUAUCUUACCCAGGUGAACCAGGGAUUCAAGUUUCCCCAUCUGUCAACAAUGGGCUAAUUAGCCAGCAAGAAGAAACACUUCUAUUGCCAUUAUUCCAGAAAGUAGUUAGUCUGUGUAAUCGCUAUGAAAUCAUACCCAUCAUUUUGCAUCUUCCUUUAAAACAGCCAGUAGUGCAGCUCACCAGAAAAUACUUGAAAAAGAAUGGCCUGUCAGACUCUAGUUCUGUGAAACAUCUUUCAAAAGCAGUGUGCUCAAGUAUAUGCUCGUUUUGCCACAGACCCAACAAGAGGUUCCAGAUCUGCUCCAGAGAGAAUUAAGUACAGAUUCUUUGUGAAGAUGCCUUUCUCAUCCCUUGGACACCAAGAUUAAUCUAUGCUUCUCCCAAAUACCAAGGUUCCUGGGAUAGUGUCAGUGAUGAUAGUCUCAGUAUGACUCGCAUGGUACCAUUGUUCCAGAUCUGAUGCACCUGUGAAUGCAGAUUUUGAUCAUGCUUCAAGUUCAGCAUAACUUGAAAACUCAACAGGGAACAGAUCUUGCACCUAUAUCUAGCAUCCUAGCAUUGGGCAAGUGUGGAUUCUGGAUGGCUGACCUCCACAGAUCCUGUUCCACAGAAAUCCAGAAUGUCUUAGCUUGUAGCAGGAAAGGACUCUGGUAGAGUGAUUUGUGCAGUAAAAAUGGAAGAGAUUCUCUGCUUAGGCAAUACAUUGCUUUUUGAUUCAAAACUCUGAAAUGUCCAUCAGUAUCAGAAGAUACCAUUUACAGUAAAAGCUCUGUUUUCUGGCAUCCCCCAGGAAUGGAGGAUGCCAAUUAAUCAAAUAUUCCGGUUAAUCAAAUGUGCACCAUCUGGUGCACUCCCUGGCGUCUGUAUGGUGGGGGACAGGGAGGGGGGCCCUGCACAGGCUGUUUUGCCCCACGUAGGCUGCUUUGCCCUGGGUCGUGGUCCGAAGAAGUGUCAAGAACUGUGCUCACGGCAGCAGCAAAACCUGGAAGUGGUAACUUCCAAUUUCACUUUUGCCGUAUCCCUCAGAUGCCGGUUAAUAGAGUUUUCCAGCUGAUAAUGUGCCAGUUAACACAGCUUUUGCUGUAGUAGCAAUUCAGUUCUUCAUCCUCUGAUCAAGCAUGUGCAGCCUUAUGCCUAACAGCUGUUAAUUUCCUCAAAAGCUUCAUACAGGUCUUUCUUCCAGUCAGAGUAACUCUACUGUCCUGGGACCUCAGUGUUGUGUUAACAGGCUUAGUGGAUCUCCCUUUGAACCUCUAGCAACCUGUUUUCUAUAUCACUUAUGAAAGUGUUUUAGGGGACUAUAAUGUUAGCUUGAGGAGUAGGACUGAUCUGAGUCCUCAGGGUGGGUUCAUUUAUAUUCCAUAAUGGCAAGGUGUUUUUUGCUUUAAAUUAUUAGUAUUUUUUUCAUCUGACCCAUGUUCCAGAUUUCUGUGCUAAGCCAUACUAUAAUCAAAGGUCUUCUCCUGCUAUCUGGAUAGGACUGAAACACUCCUAGUACCAUUUUUGUCUUCUCUGACAGGAGGAAGGGUCAACUAUUCUCUCAGGUUUUCCAGAUGGGUAGCUGCUGUAUUAGAAGGUUGUUUAUCAGAGCUACCUUCAAUCCACUCCUGAUAGAAAGGCCCCUAAUUGGUAGGAGUCCUGGCAGUCGUUGCAGCUCCUUGAAGGUGUGUGUGUGUGUGUGUGUGUGUGUGUGUGUGUGUGUGUGUGUGUGUGUGUGUGUGUGUGUGUGUGUACACACACACACACACACACACACACACACACACACACACUCUUCUGAGAUGUGCAAAGUUGGUUUUAAUGUACACUUUUACCAUAUACUACAAGUUAGAGGGUCCAUGUACAAUGCCUGCUUUGGUAAAGUUCUAUAUUGUUUAAAUGGAUUCCAGUAGGGCUGUGUGAAGCUUCAGUCCUUGACUCAAUUCGGCGGAGAUUCAGCCCAAUUCAGUGGCCAAAUCUCUGAAUCUGAAUCAAAUCAGGAGACCCUUUAAUCUCUCUGAAUCGAAUCAGAGAGAUUUAGAAAGAUUUGGCGAUUCAGAUAUAGACACAGCUUCUAAUGUUUUUUUUCUACAUACCUCAAGGUAGCAGGCAGCUCGUGAAUGCUGCAAAGGUGGGGCAGAUGGAACAUCCCACAAGAACAUGGGGGGGGGGACACCCCAGUGCGCUUGGCAGCAGACCCAAAGCACUUCUGGUCCACUUCCGGGUCUGCUGGGGGUCCCUCCCAUGCUUCCCCAGCUUGGUAACUAGUGCCUCCUGGGUCUGGGGGGGCACCCGGGGUCCCCCUGUGGCUGAUCACGAAGCCAAGGGGGAAUGGGAGGAGAGGUGGCCCUGCACACUCGGUGGCAGUCCUGGAAGUGGACCAGAAAUACUUCCAGUCCACUUCUGGGUUCACUGCUGAGCGUGUGGGGGUCCCCCCCCACAUUCCUGUGGGACGCUCCAUCCGCCCCACCAUCGCAGCGUUCAUGAGCCAUACCUGGUACCUCCAGGUAUGUAGAAAAAAUAUUUAAAGCUAUGUCUGUGUCUGAAUUGAUGAUUGUCCAAAUCAGCAUCGAAUCUUCAGAUUUGGAUUCAGCUGAAUCAAAUCGAGGACAGUGAACUGAAUCACUGAAUCAAAUUGCUGUCCCUGAUUCGGGCCGAAUCCGAAUGGAAUACAGCCUGUUCUGCAUGUCCCUAGAUUCCAGGCAUCUGUCUGCUGACUGAAGCUGCUGCUUUUGAGAUACCAGAAGUGGAAUACAUGCGGACAACUAUAUUUAAAAAAUAUAUAUAUAUUACCCUAUAAGUAACCGACUCUUUCAAGAUUUGUACUCUUCCUGUAUUCUGUGAUGCAUCCUCUUUCCCGUCUAAUAUAGAGUAUUCUAUUUUAGUGAAGGAAUAUAGCAGCUACUGAAUUUUCCCUCUACCCUGUCAGCCCUUGGGUUGGAAAAGAUAGGAACAUGCAUGGUACAGGCCUGGUCCCAGGUUACACUGUUCUUCAAAGGAAUCCCAUCUCACAGGCAUGGGGUACAUCCAUACCAGGAGUGGAACCCGUGUGGGCAACUUGUCUUGAAGAAGCAGUUACUGUAGCAUAACUGUUCUUUAUUGAAAAGCAUGUCCUUGAUUGAGUUCACCAAGACCUGAAGACAUUAAGGCAUUUUCAAAGAAAUAGUAAGCACUCCAGAACAAAGCUGGUGAUUUCUUUUUAUUUUAUUCUUGUGGAGAGAAAGUAUACAUUUAACUUAUACAACUGUCUGUUACACAUUUAUCUGUGCAUACUAACUAGUUUACAACCAAGGAAAAAGCUCAGCCCACCUAGUCAUAACACUAAGGAUAAUAUGCAUAUACUAUUGCAAAUGGCUAAUCAAAUCAGUGCUCACAUAGGAAUUACUCUUAUUUCUCUUCAUUUCUCUUCAUGGGAGACUUACUAUAGUAUAUUUAUUAUAAUCUCCUUUAUUGUGAUAACUGAAUUUCUUUGUUUUCAGAAAUCAUGGCAUUAUUUUAAGCUAAUCAACAAUUCACAUUAAAGAAAAUAUUAGAAUACUGCUUUUAGAAUUAUACUGAGAAAGUUUUAAAGGCAAAACUGUGACGCUGUAAUGAACUAAGGACAACAUAAGAUUAAUCUACACUGGCUUUCCAGAACAAUGGACAUGGAACAUAUAUUUUGCUUGUUAAUUUUUUUUUUCUUUGAAUUAAUGUUAUUUGUUUGGCUGUGUUUGUCAUUGUGCCAUUUUUUUUCCUUAUUCUCAGAGUACCAAAGAUCCUAAAAUGGCUUGAUGAAUGCAGCCAUGUGGAAUUUUGUUUCCCAGAAGUAUCUUUUGUUAACUUCUGUUUUAAAUAUGGAAUGGUGUAUACACAUUGUAACACUUUUUUUUGCUUGGAAAGUUAUUUGUUCCAGCAAUGGGAAUUGUUAAAUGUUUAGUGAAUCAGCGUUAGAGGUGAGCCUGAACCAGAAUCCUGGAUGUGAAUAUCCUCAGUGUGCAGUGGGAGUUUGAAUUGCAAAAUACAGCUGAAAGUUUGGAUUUCGGUCUCUUUCUAAGCAGCAUAGGUUAGUGGACUGAAGCACCUGAACUAAAAGAUAGGUAGGUGGGAGGUAUUGUUCUGUGUGUGCAUAAGGGGUUUUAAACAAUGUUGACAGCAUUCAGAAAUCAAAUAAUUGUUGAUAACUGCAUUUGCACUGUUAAUUUGCCUUGCUGGAGAGUUGGAUACGUUUUAUUUUUAUAUGUCAGUAAUUAAAAACCUAAAUCGUUGGAUAUGGUAUGGGGUAAUAGUAUUUGUUAAGUGUAAAUUCACUUAAGUGCAAAAGGGAUCAUCCAAGGCUCUGUGGAUUACUAAAACCUUUGGAACAAGCUGUAGGGAGGGCCUUGUGUUGGGCUCCUUAUGAUGGGGUGAAUUUUCCCCAAGCAUACAGCAAGUAGGGAAUACUGCAGUUUAGCCCUAUUAUACUCUAAUGCUUAGGUGCUCUCACUUUUUCAAUAAUACGAGCAAUUGUAAGCAUUGUAACGUACUGUAUCUUGUCCUUCUAAUGUUAAUAUUACAAAAACUCAUUAUUUGAGUCUAAAUGGCAAUGGCUAUAUUUUUCCUGGAUUGUUUCAUUAGUUGUGGUUGGGAAAGUUGCAUAGAAGCAUUAUAAAAAUUUAUACGAGGCUUUUUAUUCAUUUGAAAAUAAACAGCAUUAUUUUGUAAAGUUGAA